CGUGCGCGCGCGCGCAGGGGAGGAGCGGCGCCGCGGCCGGCUGCAGGAGGGGCUCAGCUCGUGUGAGAUCCCCUGUUCUUCCCUUAACGUGGAAAACGUCUAGUCUAGGUUUACCUAAGGACGGAGUAUCAGGGCACCAUGACUCCCGUGAGGACCCAGCACUGCUUGGCAGGUCAGACAUACGCGGUGCCCCUGAUCCAGCCGGACCUGCGGAGGGAAGAGGCCAUCCAGCAGGUGGCGGACGCCCUGCAGUACCUCCAAAAGGUCUCCGCAGACAUCUUUAGCAGGAUCUCCCAGCGAGUGGAGGUGAGCCGGAGCCAGCUGCAGGCCAUCGGGGAGAGGGUCUCCUUGGCCCAGGCCAAGAUUGAGAAGAUCAAGGGCAGCAAGAAGGCCAUCAAGGUGUUCUCCAGCGCCAAGUACCCAGCCCCAGAGCACCUGCAGGAACACAGCUCCAUCUUCACGGGCGCCCAGGACCCUGGCCUGCAGAGACGCCCCCGCCACAGGAUCCAGAGCAAGCACCGCCCCCUGGAUGGGCGGGCCCUGCAGGAGAAGCUGCAGUACUUCCCGGUGUGCGUUAGCAUCACGCCGCAGCCCGAGGACGCCGCCGAGGAGGGGCUGGGGGCUCUUCCCAGCAACAUCAGCUCCGUCAGCUCCUUGCUGCUCUUCAACACCACUGAGAACCUGUACAAGAAGUAUGUCCUCCUGGAUCCCCUGGCUGGUGCUGUCACAAAGACCCACGUGAUGCUGGGGGCAGAGACGGAGGAGAAGCUGUUCGAUGCCCCCCUGUCUAUCAGCAAGAGAGAGCAGCUGGAGCAGCAGGUCCCAGAGAACUACUUCUAUGUGCCAGACCUGGGCCAGGUGCCGGAGAUCGACGUCCCGUCCUACCUGCCUGACCUGCCCGGCAUCGCGGAUGACCUCACUUACAGCGCUGACCUGGGCCCUGGCAUUGCCCCCUCUGCCCCCGGCACCAUUCCAGAACUGCCCACCUUCCACACGGAGGUAGCUGAGCCUUUCAAGCCAGACCUAGAGAAUGGGGUGCUAUCCGUACCCCCACCACCUCCACCACCACCACCACCUCCCCCAGCUCCUGCAGCGCUGGUCAGCGCCCCUGUACCCCAGACCAUGGCCCCUGCAGGCCAAGGUGCCAGGGAGGAUGACAGCGGCAGCAGCGUGUCCCCUUCAGCUCCGGUCCUGGGAGCGCCCAAGGAGGUGGCCGAGCCCUCCAGCGGCCGGGCCUCGCUGCUGGAGUCCAUCCGCCAAGCUGGGGGCAUCGGCAAGGCCAAGCUGCGCAGCGUCAAGGAGCGCAAGCUGGAGAAGAAGAAACAGAAGGAGCAGGAACAAGUGAGAGCCACAAGCCAAGGUGGGGACCUGAUGUCGGAUCUCUUUAACAAGCUGGCCAUGCGGCGCAAAGGGAUCUCCGGGAAAGGACCUGGAUCAGGGGCCAGCGAGGGCCCAGGAGGCGCCUUUGCCCGAGUGUCAGACUCCAUCCCGCCACUGCCUCCGCCUCAGCAGCCACAGGGAGAGGAGGACGAGGAUGACUGGGAGUCAUAGGGGCAUGCGUGAUCCCUCCCCCUGGGCCUGGGUCCAGGGGGUUGCUGCCCUUGUGCAGAGGGGCCGGGACGGAGGCGGCACCAGGUGUGUGCCUGGACCUUUUCAAGGACGGGGGCGCUGGCUGCAGGCCACAGGGCUGCCGGGGCACCACUGUGUGAUUGCCCGCCACUCUUUCACCUGAGGGCUGUUGUCACUGAAGAGACUUGGAGAGACAAGAGCACCAUGGAUCAAUAAAACAGCGUGACCAGAGCUGGGCAGAAA